AUGGGUGCCUUUCGCUGGGAGUUUUACUUGGGUGGAGUUUUCGUUCUAGGCUUGAGCUUAGCACAUUGUUUUCUGGUGUUUCCUCGUCAGGGAUCCUUUGGUCUACUGGCUGCUGUGGCCAUUCCACUGGAACUGGGUCCCAAAAAUGUGUACAUGGCCUUCAACUUUGAGUCCAACUAUGCACUGCCCUCCAACGAUUCCUACAAUCAGUGGAUUGACAGGUGGGACUUGGAUGAUCACUAUCUGGGCGUCGGAGGCAAUGUGACUCCCAUAAAUGCCCGCCAGGAUGGAGGUGAUUUUCCACAGGAUGAGGACAACGAGGUGAGGCGUCGCUCGGUGGGAUCUCCGCCUCCCUUCAGGCGCCACGACUUCUACCGCAGCAUUAUCAACAUCCUGACCCACUAUGGAUUCAAUGGCUCCGCCUGCCUGCUGCGAACAAUCUGCGAGGUCAGCGAAUCGCCCCUGGAUGCCCAAAACGGGCUGCUGGGCAGCCUGUUUCAGAUUCUAUUCAUGCCAACGACAAGUGCCGCGGAGCAGGAACUGCAGCACGUGGACGAACUGCAGCUCUACAAGGCCUCCGAUGCGGGCACGCAUGGCCCGGGAUGCUCCGAGUACGUGGCCCAAUGCGGACAUAGUGCUCUGGACCUGAUAAGCAUUGUGCUCUGAAUAGCUCCGAAAUGUUGGCGACUAGAUUUAAAUUUAAAUUUUAACUUAACAAAAAG